CAAGUGCUUCCUCCCAUCUGUGGUCAUGACGCAGAGAACCCGGAAGUCGUAGGUGUGUGCGUGUGCUGUCAACGAGAGAAGGCACUCACUGAGCUAAAGCUCGCAUUUAAGACAAGAUGACAGGACUGCCCCGCAGGAUUAUAAAGGAAACUCAGCGCUUGUUUGCAGAGCCUGUGCCGGGUAUCCAGGCAGAGCCGGAUGAGAGCAACGCUCGCUACUUUCACGUGGUCAUAUCUGGACCGCAAGACUCACCUUUUGAGGGGGGUACAUUCAAACUUGAACUCUUUUUACCGGAGGAAUAUCCCAUGGCAGCACCUAAAGUUCGCUUCAUGACUAAAAUAUAUCAUCCCAAUGUAGACAAGCUGGGAAGAAUAUGUUUAGACAUUCUGAAAGAUAAAUGGUCACCAGCUCUGCAGAUUCGCACGGUGCUCCUGUCCAUCCAGGCAUUACUCAGUGCACCAAACCCUGAUGAUCCCUUAGCAAAUGACGUUGCCGAGAAGUGGAAGACCAAUGAAGCUGAAGCUAUAGAGACGGCCAAGUCAUGGACCAGACUUUAUGCCGGAAACAAAUGAAGCGACGAGCAGCCUGUCAAGUGAAGACCCACACGGAAGUCAAGUGUGAACACAAGUCCUCAUGUUCUGCCAAUACCUCCUUUAUUUGCAUUUGAAGGACACGGUCAAAUUAAAACACACGUACACACGCACACUUAUGCUAUAAAUAAACAUGAGUAUAAUGAAAAGGGAAAAAGUCCUGGCAAUUAGUGAAUGCAUUCUAGUAAAACGACUCGUCUUUGUCCUAAAUAACUCACUACUGUUUGCUCAGAGGUUUAGGUCAGCUCACCUUGGCUUUCUUUGUACAUCGUCUGUCAGUCUGUCAACUGCUGCUUUUUUUAAGCUUUUCAAGAGGGAGGAACCUGCAUCCCAGAUCAUUGCUUGAGGGAGGGGAGUCUUGAGGGUUAUAAGGAGGAGACAGCAGUGGAACAGGGUGAGGAAUGAAGGGCCAGUAUAGUCAUAUUUUAUGUUUAUUUUAACUUUGUGUUCCUUUAUCACUGUCGAUUAAAAGCAACUAACAACUACUAAUGUUUACCAUCUGUGGUGUUGUAUGACGGCCACGUGGAGAUAACAGUGUUUGUUCUGGCCAAUCACAAAACAGCUCUCCUUAUUUAAACUCACAGCUAAUAGGACUGAAAGCCAAAACUGAGCCUUUUACAAAUUGCAUACAUCACCGUCACUUUUUAACCACUUCUAGCUGGAAAUUGUGUUAAGUGCGUGUCAGUGCUGUUAGGAUGGACAUUAUGGACCUUGACUUAGUUUGAGCUUUUUUUUUUUGUUUUAACUUUACAGUAUCUAGUCCUCAAUGUAUUUUUUCUUCUUAGUACAGUCAUACUAAAGUCCACUCAGCUUUUUUCUUCUAGUGCAUUUUCAGUCUUGACACUACAUGACUCAGUUGUGUAUGACCUUCUUCCAAUGGCUAUUAAUCCACAAAGCAGGGGUUCCAUUUGCGCUUUCACCUUAUUUAAUAAUAAGUCAGAAUUGGAAUGUCUUAUGUGAUGUUAAGGUGUGGUGUGAUCAGUCUCCUCCAAUUUAGGUCAGUGUAGAAUUUGACACUUGACAUUUGUGGCUACAAAGCCGAGUUAAAAUGUAAAUUUUUGAUCAUCUGGGAGGAAACUUUUUCCCGUUCUGAGAAUGUUAUGGAAAACGAUCAUCUGCAUACAUUUUAGUUCUGUAAAUAAACUCCGUUAGAUAAUAAACACA